AUGGGGUCUCGUCGUGGUCGACUUAAUUGGUCAAAUUUAGAAGUACGUAUUUCGGAUGAUGUGAUCGAUAAACAACAUCGUUUUACUGCACCCAAUUCUUCUUCAUCCACACUGAUAGAAGAUAUUGCUGAAUAUAAAAAAGAGCCAAGUCCUCCAUCAACACCAAUUAAACGAUCAUGGAAACCAAAGUCAGGUGUUGGUGAAUUACAUGAUGAACAAUUUGUUGGUAAUUUUAUGUUAACAGAUGCUGAACAAUUUGCUAUUGAACAAAAAUACAAUAAACAAAUAAAUAAUGUCAAAUAUUCGAAAGUUUCUUCUACAUCAAAACCAAUAAGAAUAUCUAAUAGAUUACCUUCGGCAAGAGAUACCGUAUUAUCUUCACGUACGACUAGUUUAUUUGUUGGUCAACAUCUAUCAAAUGUUUUUAUUUGUCAUGUUGAAUCAUAUUCACAUGUUUAUAUUAUGUUUGGUGAUGAUUAUAAUCGUGCCACAAAAUUAUUUCAAGAUAUGAAUACUUGUAAUGAACUUAUUCAACCAUCAACUAAUGUUUUUGAACCUAUAGAACAAGAUUUAGUUGCUAUAUAUCAUGAAAAAAAAUGGUUUCGUGGUCGAUGUUUAAAUGCAAUAGGUACAAAUUUUAAUAUCUUAUGUAUUGAUUCAGGUGUAGUUAUUUUAUGUUCACGAAAUGAUCUUCGUCGUUUACCAGAUAAAUUUCGAACAUCACCACCAUGUUGUAUUGAAUGUUCACUUUCUGGUUUACCAGCAACAAUAGCAAUGAGUUCAAUGCCUGAUGCAAUUCAUAGUGAAUGUUUUGAACUUUUAUAUAAAGAUCGUUAUGAAGCAAUAGUAACAAAAUUAGAAUCACCGAAUCAUCCAACUAUCGUCUUGUAUUACGGUGAUGAAAAUGUAAAUGAUCGAUUAUUGGCAAUUCUCAAGUUGAUUUGA